UUUUGCUUGUAAGUGUGCAACGGAAGUUAAAUAAUUUAGUUAUUUUGGUUUUAUUAACUUUGUUUAAAAAUGGUGCUUUCCGAAAGAGGUGUACAAGAUAUUCGAAGCGGACGGCGUUCUCGCGCGGCUAGUCCAAGUGCGAAUGGACAUUAUUCGGACGAAAGUAGUAACACGGACGAGUCUGAAUAUUCAAUGAAAGUGGGUCCUGAAUAUCAAGCAGUUAUUCCUGACUUGGUAUCUACAGGACCUUGUCCAGCUUAUGAAAAUGAAAAUGCACUAUUGGUCUGGUCUCCCUGUCCUGCAAUUGAAGAUGAAAAAUUGGACAAAUAUAUUAACGAAGCCAAAGAAAAAUGUGGAUACAAUGUUGAACAGGCUUUGGGAAUGCUUUUUUGGCAUAAAUAUGAUGUUGAGAAGGCAACUGCUGACCUCCAGAAUUAUACACCAUUUCCAGAUGAAUGGACCACCGAGGACAAAGUGCUCUUUGAGCAAGGAUUCCAGUUCCACGGAAAGAGCUUCAACCGCAUUCGACAGAUGCUUCCUGAUAAACCUCUAGCUAGUUUGAUAAAGUUCUAUUACCUGUGGAAAAAGGCCAGGUCUCGCACAAGUCUAAUGGAUCGCCAAGUGCGAAAGUUAUCUGCUCAGAAGGAGGAAGGCAGUGGUUCUGAAGCUCCCUCCGACAAUGAAAGUGACAUGGAUCCAGAUAAAGAAGGAAAACCUGAAUCUUCCAUCAAGGGCAAUUGUGUCAAUUGUUCUGUAUCCACUCAAGUGUAUAGUACUCCAAAAGGAAACCUUUGUAACCCUUGCUGCCAAUACUUCAAACGAACUGGUACCCUGCGUGCAGGAGGUGGGGGGAGCUCUUUGAGGGCCAGGCACAAUCCCCAACGCAGUAAACGAAGGCCUCCCAAAGGAAUGCAUUUGGACUACGACGAUCUAGUUGCCAUAGUGACCGGACCUUCCGGAGACGGAGACGCAAUCCUCAGGGGCAUGGACUGUGAGAUCAUCUCCCUGAAGCGACAGGUGCAAAACAGUAAGCAAAUGAUCAGUCAGCAAAAACACAAAUUGUCUGCUGGCGUCGACAUGUUUCGACCUCCUGAGACUGCUAAUCGUAUCAAUACGAGAUGGAGUGGUGAUGAAUUACUCUUGGCUGUUCAAGGUGUGAGAAAGUAUGGGCGAGACUUCAAGGCGGUUGCGGAAGUGGUGGGCAACAAGACUGAAGCCAACAUCAAGAGCUUCUUUGUCAACUACCGGAGGCGCUUCAACCUGGAUGGUGUUCUUCAGGAAUAUGAUGCAGAGCACGGGACACCUCACGAAGACUCCGAAGAACGAAUGGAGCAAGAAAAUGGUACUUCCAAUGGAGGUCGUCCUGAUUCUCCAGCUACACCUCAAGGGGCCCCUCCUCUGCUCCAUCCCCCACAGAGUCCAGCUACCAAUUCUUCCACCACUGGUUCUCAGCAACGACUCUGUCCUCCAUCUUUGCAACAAGCCAAUGCAACCUCUAGGAACAGUGGAAGGACCCUUUUACAGCAGCCUCCUCCUCUGAUCUGUCCGUCCAACUCAUUUGUCGCACCACCCAAAGCAGUAUCCGGACACGAGAGCAUGUAAAAAUAAUGAUUGAUAGUAAUAAUUUAACAGCAACUUGGACUCGAAUGCCUAAUUCCUCACAUAAAGUGUGAAGACUUUAUAAAUAGAUUCUACAAAUGUAUAGUAAGCCAUUACCAAGAAAGGCUCUCCAAUUCUUAGUUUCUCCCUACAUCUGAAACAUGAACAUGUUUAAGUGCUCCUUUGUCUUCGUUGGAUCAUCCUGGAAUUUGUAUUUGUGAUGAAUUUUUUUAAUAUAAAGUGAAAUACUUUGAAUUGUGCAGUUGUGUAUGAUUUCAUGCAUGAAGUCAUUUUUGAGAUGUUUAAAAACUAAACUGUCUUUGUGACAGGUCAUUUAUUCUCAUGAAUGUUUUUGAUGCUUGCAGAUUUCUUUUACUUUUUAUUUGGUAAGAGAAAUAUUGAACCACAUAGCUGCUGUAUUUAGUCAUGAAGGGAAAAUAAAUAAUGUAAAAUGAUAACUGCUGAUCAAAUGUGGUGUAACUGGGGUUGCUAUAUUGAAGUGUUCACACCACAGUACCACAAUUUGGUACAGUUGGCACAAACUUUGAUAGCUGAUUGUUUCUCUCUGUGGCCUCUAAUAUGGAGUGAGCCCAAAGCUCGGGUGGGUUAAGAAUAUAAUUAGAGAGCAAGUUCUAUAAUAUAUUGUUGUAUAAACAUUAGUAAGCCGAUAAUGGAUAGUUUUGAAUAUUAUUAUAAUUACUGGAAUACCAUUUUUGAUAUUUGUUGCAUCUGAUUUUAUACAAAAUUCUGGAAUAAUAUUUAAAUACCAAAAAACUUGAAAACUUUUCAGAUCUAUGUUCAGAAUCUUUAUCUUUUUAAAGGGUUCCAAGUACAAAAUAUGUUUUUUGAAGUAUUUUAAAGUUAUCAGAAAACUAUCAUUUUAUUAACAGUUCGAAAUGGGAAAAAAUUGUGUUUAAAAAUCUUUGUUAUAUGAUUUUACUUAGUUACUGAACUAGACUCCAAGCUUCUUGCAUUUUUUGUAACAUGUGAUUGUCAGCUUUUUACUUCGAUUUCAGUGCUUGAUUACCACAAGGGCAUGCGAGGACGUGUCCAGGGCCUCCAGUCAAAAGGGGGCUCAAUAGCUUGUAAAUAUUAUUUGAAUGUUAAUGUAAAAUAAAUUUUGUUAUUUUGUUCAUUCACUCUUAAAAAAGGACUGGAAAAUUGACUUAAAGAUUUUUUUUUCUUUUUUGCACCAGUGAUUCUCUUUCUGCUUAUUUUUUCCUACUUUUCUAAAUUUCUAGGAUCAUUUAUCAGUAUAGGAUAUCAGGACACAUAAAAGUCUAAAACUUGCUAUGUAAGUCUGCAUAACUUUUAAAAGUUGCAUAAUGACAAUUUGAAUAAUGUAUAAAAACCUUCUAAGCAUAAAAAGUGUAUUAUAUGCAGGCAUUUUAAAGAAAAAGUCAAAAAUAGCUUAAAUAAAUGAACCUUUAUUUAAUGCUAAAAACAAAGUAAAAACAUUGAGACUUUUAAAAUUGUAGCAAAAAUAUGGCACUCAAUCGUAUUAAUGUUACAAAAUGAUUUUUACUAACAAUUAUGAACAUUACAAAAAUGAUACAAAAUGAAAACUACCAAAUUUAUUUUCCAAUAAUUGCACUUAAAAUAUUACUUGAUUUUAAAUGGCACUCCAAAGCCUUCCCAUGUUCCAUAUUGAUUUUUAAAUUUUCCCACAAGAAAAUUUUAAAGGUUUAAGAAAAGAAGUUAGGUUAAAAUUGCUUUCUGUAAUUCAUAUAAACAAAAAUCU